AUAUUUAACGUGAAUAAUGAAUUGAAAAAAAAAAAGUAUAUAAAUGUACACUAGGUGGCAGUACGGAAAUAAUGGUUGGAUAAACGAAACGUAGAAUAAGAGUAUCCGGAUUCAACCACUAAUCCCCUAAAGGUGUGUUUUUGUUUCUUGCAUAUAUACAACAACAGCGCUGUUGUUUCCUUUAUACCGGGUAAUCAUAUAUUAUAACAUUGUGGAGACUUUUGCUGAAGAUUCGUUUCAUAGUUUAUUGGCUUUGUUCAUUUAAUUGAUAAUGACGCUCUAAAGCGAGCCCCCUCCUUCGGACGAGGCCAUUCCAAUAUUUCAUAACACACGAUGGCUGCAUCUCUGGUCAGGACGCUAUCAAAAUCUUGCGGGCAAUUCUGUCGGUCAUGGGGUCGGAACCAGAUGGUGUGGAGGAGCAAGUCCACCAGUCCUGUCGCAGAAAUGCACUCAGAACCCAUACUUGGCUCAAUCUCCUUUCCACCUCUGCAAACCUACUCAGACGAGGAGAGGAUGAUGAAGGACGCAGUUCAGAAGUACGCACAAGAGAGGAUUGCACCCUGGGUGGCAAAGAUGGAUGAACAGUCUCACAUGGAGAACGACGUGAUCAAGUCUUUAUUUGAACAGGGUCUCAUGGGGAUUGAGAUUGACCCAGAAUAUGGAGGAACUGGCUCCAGCUUCUUCAGCUCCAUCCUGGUCAUUGAGGAGCUGGCAAAGGUGGAUCCCUCGGUGGCUGUGCUCUGUGACAUCCAGAACACGCUGAUCAACACGUUGUUCGCCAAGCUAGGUACCGCCGCGCAGAAGGAGCAGUACCUCAGCAGGUUGUCGACUGAUAUGGUGGGCAGCUUUUGCCUCUCUGAAGCCGAGUCUGGAAGUGAUGCUUUCUCUCUGAAGACCCGUGCUGAUAAACACAAAGACUACUUCAUUAUCAACGGGUCAAAGUUGUGGAUCAGUAAUGCAGAGCAUGCAGGAGUGUUCCUGGUCAUGGCCAACGUUGACCUGUCUGCUGGAUACAAAGGCAUCACCUGCUUCAUCGUGGACCGGGAUACGGAGGGUCUUGAGAUAUGCAAAAAAGAAAACAAGCUUGGCCUCCGUGCAUCCUCCACCUGCCCACUCAACUUUGAUAAUGUUAAGGUACCGGAGAAAAAUAUUUUGGGCCAGAUUGGUCAUGGAUACAAGUAUGCCAUUGGGAUGCUGAACGAGGGGAGGAUUGGAAUUGCUGCACAGAUGUUGGGCCUGGCUCAGGGCUGCUUUGACCACACCAUCCCAUACACAAGACAGAGAGUGCAGUUUGGCAAACGUAUUUUUGACUUCCAGGGAAUGCAGCACCAGAUCGCUCACGUAGCAACACAAAUCGAAGCAGCUCGUCUCUUGACGUACAAUGCUGCUCGUUUGAAGGAAGCUGGCAGACCUUUCAUCAAAGAGGCUUGUAUGGCCAAGUACUUCACUGCAGAGGUUGCAACAUUAACAACAUCUAAAUGUGUCGAGUGGAUGGGAGGAGUUGGCUUUACUAAAGAUUACCCCAUUGAGAAAUACUACAGAGACUGUAAAAUUGGUACCAUCUAUGAGGGGACCACUAAUGUGCAGCUGUCCACCAUAGCAAAGUUCAUCGAUAAGGAGUACGACCACUGAGACCACUGGGUUGGAACUGGUUUGUCUGUUACCUGUCAUAUUUUCCUUGUGCUAUAAAGGUGGGGUUGGUUUUGCUGCAGUGAAUAACUCCUCAUUGUAGUUUUGUGGGAUUUUUAGAGAACUAGAUAAAAGUCAAUUACUAGAGGCCAAUGUGCACUUUUAAAUAGCAAAAUCUCAGUUGCCCCGAUAAAUUAUUUAUUCUUACUGUUUGAGUCAACUUCAAAAUGGAGAGCUAAUUUGAAAGUGCUGGUGCCUUGAGUUUCUGUGCAGUAUGUCUUUACACAAGUGGUGUCUGUUAUGUCUGGGCUGGACGUCCAAGUACUGUAAGUUCCAUUUCUUAAAUCAACAACACAACAGCAGGAUACAAUAAAUGUUAACCAUUUGACUUGUCAUUAUUUUUACUUUGCUUUUCUUUUCGACAAACACUAUCUUUACCCGCUAUGAUUUGCAUUGUUUGUUGAAGAAUACGUAUCAAAACGUUUUUUUUCGAGUUCGGUGUACACACCUCCACAAAUGUGGUCCAUAUCUGACUGACUCAUCAUGAGACACGCUCACUUAAUGUUACCUGUUUGUGCCUUGUUGGCUGCAAGUAAUCAUCGUUGAAAGCCUGGCGCAAGGAUGUGUUGACAUGACGACAGAAAUACAGGGGAGUGUAUUUGGAGACUGAUAAUGCUGACUGUAAAAUGUACUCAUUUCAUCGUCUCUUUGUUUCGUUAAAGAAAAAAAAUCCAGAUAUUUUGUUUUGCACUCCAAGAGUCUGCCACUAGAUGGCAGCACACUCAUGAGUUCGCCUUCACACCCGUGAUUGACUCGAGCAAUGAAUUGCUGAACCGAAUACAAUGAAAUCCGUUUUGUUCAGUUUUUUUGCCUCCUCUUUAAUAAACAGAAAGAAUGCAGGAUUGAAUUGAUAAUAGUGGGUUAAAUACUGUAAAAUGAUGUUGGGUUAAAUGUUUAGAGUUUGUUGAAGCAAUUGUUAAAAAAUGUGUUUGCGAAUGUAGAAAUAAACAUCUGUUUGUAAGCAA